AUGACGGGCCGCGAGGAGCUCUCGGAGGGCAAAGGCGACAAGGGCAAAGUGCUGGCGCCCAGCGGCAACGGCAAGGCGGCGCGCUUGGGCAGCCCGGCCGGCGGCCCGCUGCGCUCCAAGGGCUUCGCCAUCACCGACCUGCUGGGCUUGGAGGCGGAGCUGCAGCCGCCCGCCGCCUCCGCCGUGGCCGGCUCGGGCUGCGAAGCCGGGGCAGGGGCGGCGGGGCCGCUCGGGGCCGGCGGGGCGGUGGCGGCGGCGGCGGCGGCAGCAGGCGGCCCCUUACCGCUGGGCUUGGGCUUCCUGUGCGGCUUCGCCACGCAGCAGCCCGCCGGCGCGCAUUGCCUGCUGCCCGCGCAUCUCCCCUUCCUGCAGCCCCGGCCGGAGCACCACCAGCACCACCACCCGCACCACCACCACCAUCACCACCACCACCAGUACGGGCCGGCGGCCGAGAAGCACAAGGAGAACAUCUCCGAUGAAGACAGUUUAUCAGGAGACAAGAACAACCUGAAGACAUCGGAUUCUCAGAUCAAGAGAAAGAAAAGGCGGCAUAGGACUGUCUUUACUGCCCAUCAGCUGGAGGAAUUGGAGAAGGCUUUCAAUGAAGCUCAUUACCCUGAUGUAUAUGCCAGAGAAAUGUUAGCCAUGAAAACUGAACUCCCAGAGGAUAGGAUACAGGUCUGGUUUCAAAACCGAAGAGCCAAGUGGCGGAAGCGUGAGAAGUGCUGGGGCCGCAGCAGUGUGAUGGCGGAAUACGGCCUCUAUGGUGCCAUGGUGCGGCACUCUAUCCCGCUCCCUGAAUCCAUCAUCAACUCUGCCAAAAGUGGGCUGGUGGGCUCCUGCGCCCCUUGGCUGCUUGGCAUGCAUAAAAAAUCAAUGGAUGUUCCAAGAAAGCCUGAAAGUGAGGAAAAGGGGAAUGAUAGCUGGAAGUCUGAACGCCCUGAUGAGGAAUUAAAAAUGAAGCAGAUAGAGCAGGAGAGAGACUCCAGCGACAAAUUCAGCUCAAUGGACAAUUCCGAAGACAUUGCAAUUGAUCUCUCCAGUACAGCAAAGCAGGAGAAAAAGAACAGCACUUUGAGACAGAGUCUCAAUGGAGGUUCACAGCCAAGAAUGAAAGACAGUGAGCACUAA